GACUGUCAGGAGGUCCCUAUUCAAAUUGGCAUACCCAAGGGCUCUCCUAUCUCCCCUAUCCUUUUUCUCAUCUAUAUUAGAUACCUCUUUGAGACUAGUGAGGAAACAGAUGAGAAAGAGAGAGCUCAACUAAAUCAGGUCAGGUAUCUAAGCUAUAUUGAUAAUAUAGCCUUAGUAGCAAGCUCUAGAAGUCUAGAAGCUAAUUGCAGGCUUCUAGAAAAAGCAGCCUCUAAGCUAUUUGAGAAAGGGCUAGAAAGCUGUAUUCAAUUUGACGAAGAAAAAAUACAGCUUAUUCAUUUUUAUACUAAGGGAUCCCUAGACCUAGAUAAUAGCUUAUACCAAAUUAGGCUAGGUGAUUACCUAAUUAAACCCCAAAAGCUCAUAAAAUGGUUAGGAGUGUACCUAGACCCUAAGCUGCUUUUUACUGAACAUGUGAUUAAAAAGGUUAUAGAGGCUACUAAUUAUUAUUAUUAUUCUUCCAUUUUAGAGAGCGUUUUUCAGUCAGAGACUAUGCACGCUCUGCCUACUACCUAG